AUGCCGUUGGUUGUGCCUCCAUUGUUCUGGGAAUGGUUAAAUAUUUGGCUAAUACAAUUUCUGAAGAGUUUAUAUCAUGAAAUUAAGAUGGUGGCGUUAAGAGGUGGUAAUAGUUCCUUGGGUACUGUAUCACACGGAUGUGGCCUUCAUGGAGGGCAACAGAAUGCACUCGAUUUAACGCACCGUUUACAAACAUCGUUAGGCAUGCAGCAUAGUGCCGCGAACCAAGCAGUUGGCCACCACGCUAGCCAUUUGAACCACGCUAACCACGUCAACCACACUAAUCAUGUAAACCACAUUAACCACGCCGGUCAAGGCAAUCAACUCAACAUCCCGCCAUUGAACAGUGUGUCGCUAUUGAUGCAACAACAGACCCCCGCUACUCUCAAGCACGAACAGAAUACGCGCUACUCUAACUCGAACUGUGUUCUGCCCUCGCACCACUACAGAUUGUUAUCAACAGCCAGUAAG